CUGGAAUAGUAGAGAGAAGAUAGCCAGGCUAAGCUAGCUAGUUGCACUGACUGCAAGCGAGGUGCCCAUAUAUAAGACAUCAAGGAGAAGGGGAGAAGGACUGUAUCUAGUGAACAAGUGUGUAUAGUCCUGGUGAUUAGUGUGUACUGGGAGACACAAUGUCGUGCAGUGAUGUCUACAGAGCAGCUGACAGCAAUGGAUACGCUGCUGCCUGUAUUGUAGAGAUCCCUUUACCUGAAGAUUAUCAUCAGACGGUGUUGAACUCUCCUCAACCACAACCACCACGCACUGAUGACAACGAUCUCACCAGGACACUGAAGCCUCGCAAGCCCAAGAAGCGGAAGUCUGCCAGAAUGCGAACUCGAACUCGGACCAGAGCCACUCGCAAAGAAUCAAAGAGUGCUGCACCUGUUGUGGUCAGUUCCUACGAGGUGGAGGACAUCUUGGGACACAGGCUCACAUUGAACAAUGGUACUCCAGAGUUCUUACUUAGUUGGAAGGGAUAUCCGGACUCUGAGAAUUCCUGGGAACCUCCAGACAAUCUCGAUGGGUGCUCAGAUAUUCUGUAUUCGUAUAUUGUGGACAAAAUCCUUCUAGUGUCUGGUAACCUACCUCACACAACUUUGUUCACCGACCUCUUACCUGAGAAGUUGAAGAACAUGGCUCUGAAAACAUUGACUGAUAAGCAGUGCCCAGCUAAGAAAAAAAGGUUCAGGAAUGAACGAAAAACCUCAGAGGCACUCCCUGAAAAAGCCACCACCAAUGGCUUCACCAAGAAGAAGAGACCACCACGAUUAUGUGAGCAGGAAAAUGCGCUGCAAGAGCACUGCGCUACAAGAUCAUCACACAAACGCUCCGUGUAUGUCAAUGGGAUUGUGACCCCUCCUAAGUCACAGCUGACUCUCCCUCCAUCGCCUAUUUCCUCUCCAAUCUCCUCGGAAUCCCAUCUUGUGCGAUUCAGCUCUACCUCGUCUAUAAGUGAUGCUGGUGGGGUGUCUUUUCAUCUUCGACUCACCCCCUCCCCACAGCAUGAUAGUGAACUGCCUUCUCCACAACCUGACAGACUUAUGUUUGACCUGGAUCCACCGAUCACCCCACCCUCACCCAGUGCAUGCAUUUCGAGGCAUAUUUUACACAAGCAGACAGUUGUUCAAACCCCUGGGCCUUUGCCACGAGCUAAACGCAAGAUUUUGUGUUUGAAUACAUUACCCACCAAAGCAGCCAAGCCCUCUCCUGUUUCCCCUCAGCGCCCACUACAGACACACAACUGUGAACUGCCUAUGCUGGAGAAGGUGACUAAGAGCAACGGUGUGCACCAAACGACAGAUGUUGUCUUAAACAACCCAUUGGAAAAUGGUGUGGAACACUCCAUAUCUGAAGAGUCCCUUCUUCCCAGAGUUGGCAGAAUACCUGAGCGUGCAGGCUCCCUGCUCUACAAAGAACUGUUACUCAACUGGCAACAUAAGCUCAACAAGCAAAGAGAUGGCACCGACGAAAUUAUCAUCGUAGAGAACAUUGUCGACCGAGUACCUCCACCGGUGAACUUUACCUAUAUCUCUUCUAAUCGCUAUGCACCUGGUGUUCCUGACCCUUCCACUCCCGAGGUAUCCAGCUCUCUCUGUGGCUGUGAGUGUUAUUCUCUGGGGAAGAAAUGUGGCACGAAAUCAGCUUCCUUCUGUUGUCCUUCGAUGGCCUGUGUUGCGUUUGCCUAUACCAGAGCUGGAAAGGUACAAGUCCAGCCUGGAACUCCAAUCUACGAGUGCAACUCUAAAUGUUCCUGCCCCCCAGAUUGUGUUAAUAAAGUUGUACAACACGGUCGAAAGAUACCACUGUGUAUCUUCCGAACCCCCAACCUUAGAGGCUGGGGUGUGCGAUCCAUGCAGCCCAUCAGAGCACACUCGUUUGUCACAGAGUACGUUGGGGAGGUGAUCACCAGCGAAGAAGCUGAAAAGAGAGGUCAUUUGUAUGAUGAGCAGGGAGCCACUUAUUUGUUUGACCUGGACUUUGAUGAUGAUAACUCAGAGUUCACCAUCGACGCAGCCAAGGAGGGUAACAUCUCACACUUCUUCAAUCACUCGUGUCAACCCAAUUUGGUGGUCUACUCAGUCUGGAUCGAGUGUCUGGAUAAGCGUUUGCCGAGGAUUGCAUUCUUCACCACGCGAAACAUCUCCAGUGGCGAAGAGUUGACCUUUGACUAUCAUAUGAACCACAACCAAUCUAGUACUGCAUCUCCAGGGAGGCACAAGAAGACACGCAUGAAAUGUCUGUGUGAGGCAGACAAGUGUUUGGGUUAUUACUACUGAACUAUCUCAUUCUGAGCAAAACUCUUUAGCUGAUUACGCAGGUAUCUUUAACUAUGUUCAUUUGUUACUAAACCCUGUUACUGAUGAAUGUGUCCAUUAUUACUAUGAUAUGAUGAUGAUAUAUGUUUCUAUCAUGUUGUUA